AUGGAGAGUCUCGAUCGGAUACUAGACGACUUCACGCAUCCGGCGACAGGAUCAUUGCACGGAGCCGCCUUUAUCGCUGUGGAUAACCAUGGCCAAAUAAUAUAUAAAAGGGCUGCUGGACGAGCAGGUUCUACCCCUGACGACGCGACGCCUUUGAAACUUGGUUCGCUCUACUGGAUUGCUUCCAUGACGAAACUUGUCACCGCAGUUGCUACGGUGCAACUAGUUGAGCGAGGUAUUCUGGCGCUAGACGAGGACGUGCGCGACAAGGUCCAGGAACUCAGGGAUGUUCAAGUCCUCCGGGGUAUGAAGCGAGACUCCUCGGGAGCGCCCCAACCGGAGUUUCAGGCAGUCCGAGGGAAACUUACUCUACGUAAUAUGCUAAGCCACGCAGCUGGGUUCGGCUAUGACUCCUCGUCGCCUCUGCUGCAGGAAUGGUCGAAAUCCCAAGGCCGGACGGCACACACUUUUAGUGGGAGUAUGGACGGCUUUCGGCACCCAUUAAUCUACCAACCGGGCAUGUCAUGGGAGUACGGAGCCGGGCUGGAGUGGGCAGGUCAAUUGAUCGAACAAGCCACCGGAUCUACGCUGGAAGAGUACAUGCAAGCCAACAUCUGGUCCAAGCUCGGAGCAACAUCAACAACAUUCCAUCCCGAACUGCGGUCCGACACCUUACCUCCGCGAAUGCAAAUGGGAGAGCGAGUGAGCGUUGGACAAGGCAAUAAAUCAGUCAAGCCAGGAAGGAUCAUCCUGGGUUACCCACUCAAGGACGAUAUAGGCGGCAUCGGCCUCUUCAGCACGCCGAUGGACUUUAUCAAGCUACUUUCAGCGCUCCUCCAAAGGGGCGGUCCACUCUUAAGCAGUGAAGGUGUCGAUCUGCUCUUCGCGGCGCAGCUGAGUGACGAGUCUCGCGUGGCGAUGCCACACGCACUUGGGAAUCAGAUGAGGCGGGUGCUUGGAAUAACAUCCGUGGAGGAUGCUGAAAAGGCAGAUCACUGCCUAGGUGGCGCAGUUGUGCUCAAGGAUAUUCCAGGUCGGAGGCGACGAGGUACGGUCAGUUGGGGUGGGUUGCCCAACUUGCAUUGGUGGGUCGAUCGAGAGACUGGGAUUGCCGCUGCUCUAUUCACGCAGCUUAUGCCGCCUGCAGAUGCUGCUGUCACUGACCUCCUUAUCGAGCUCGAAAAGGCUCUCUACAAGACUCUUGGGCGGACAAAACAGUCGAAUGGUGGGGCAAGGCUUUGA